AUGGACCAGCAGAAGAUUCAGGCCAUCACAGAAUGGCCGCCUCCCAAGGAUAUCGAUGCCUUGAGGUCGUUCCUUGGCCUAUGCAACUUCUAUCAGUGUUUUGUGAAAAGUUACUCCCUCAUUGCGGUGCUGCUGACAGAACUUCUCAAGAAGGUCACGGUAUGGGAUUGGGGCCCCAAGAGAGUAGAGGCCUUCAACGCAUUAAAAAUGACUAUGUCUAGUAGCCCAGUCUUGGCCCUCCCUGACUUGGCCAAGCCAUUCGAAGUUUCACGUCCAGUGCAAGGAAAUGGGAAGCUCCAGAGGGCCAGUGAUGGAGCAAUUUCCAUAUCACUCACUGAGAGGGAAAAAGAGACAAGUUCUAUUUAG